AUGAAUGGGUUUGCCUAUCUGAGUCAUCAGCAUGCCUCUGUCAGUUCGCACAAUCCCGGACUAUCUAGUAUUCCAAGGCUUUGUUCCGAAGUAGCUGAGUUAUUCCUCUACCGUGACAGUGAACAACAAGAGGACGCUCCGACAAACUACCAACUCUCCGUGGAAAAGGAUGAAGUAACGGAAGCCAUUGUGCAAACGAGUCGACUUACUGGCAGUAGGAUACCCAAGCUGUGGUAA